AUGGUGUCAUUAGGGAGACACAAAAGACUAUUGAUACUUUUAUUAAGCAUUAUUAUUCUCUCUUCAUUCUCUUGAAUGCUUAUUAUUUAUAUCGAAGGAAUUUCUGAAGAUAAAGAAAAUAUCAUCAAGCCAAUUAUUUGAGAUUUCGAUAAAGUUCCUAUAAGUUUUUCGGAUGAAAACAAUAGAAAGAUUCCAAAUGACACUAUUAACUCUUUAGAAAUCCCUAAUUCACUCUUAGAGUUAAAAUGGAGACUUUGGUCGAAUAGGACUCUUAGGUAAUCCUCCUGAUGAAGUGGGUGGACCGGAGAUUUGCUGAGAAAUUGUCUCCUAGCGAGCGAAUUAGUAGACCAUCUCAAUGAUAAAACAGCCGAAACAUGGCAUUUUUAUUAUCCACAGAAGGUUACCAGUCUUUGAAGUUAAGCUAGGCUGGUUCUGCAACUGCAUGAUCUUACUUUAUCGGACACGAUAUGGGCACAUCUCAAACAACGGCUCUGCCCUAGAAAUUAACCCCUUGGAUAUUGUUAAGGUUGAAAAUCUAAGGCAGCCAUCCAUCUUCCUGAUGAGAAUACCGAGGGAAAUAGGCACUGACCUUUUGCAGUCAAAAUAAGACAAUGUUUAGUGGGUUAUCCAGCUUAUGGCCAGAAAUUGUUUUAACUUUAACUUAAUUCACCCUUUCAAGGAAUAUAAUAUGCUCUAAAAAUUUUUUUCUGAAGAUAAUUGCAUAUAAUAUUUUAAUUUAAAUUUAAUGAUUAUUUUAAUUAAAACUUCCGAAAAAUCUACUAGAUUGCUUGAAUGGCACUGCAAAAUAUAUAAAUUAACUGGCUUCACAUCUAAUAAAAAAUUUAAACAUACUUCUGUGAAAUGAAAAUUAUUCUCAGAGUGAUGGAAGGAUAAUUCAGAAGCAAAGCAAGGAAGUAAUUUUGGAAUUGAUGAUGAAAAAGCAAAAUACUCAGCAUCAUGAGUACCAGAAAAAGCAGCUUUUACUGUCGACCCAACUGAUUAUUUUAAUACAAAAUUCAAUGUAGUAAAUCCAUGAGAAAAUAAAGAUAAUUCGGAAAAAGUGGAAAAUGGCAUUGAUGACACUAAUAGCGAGAUAAGCAUAAUAGAAAAUCUUAUAUUAGAAUCAAAGCAAGAAAACUUUGAGAUAAAGUCAUCGUUUCUUUCAGCAAAUGUAAAUAUUUCUGAAGAAAAUAUUGCCUGUGUCCCUGAGAUGCAAGGUUAUACACAAGAGCAAGCCAACUGGAGAUAUCGAUAUAGAAAUAAUCUUUUUAUAUUAAAUAUGGCAUGAAUAUCUAAGCUGCUAUUUUGAGAUGCAAAGUAUGCAUUUAUUAUAAAUGGCUAUAGGAAAUUUGGUUGUGGCUUUGAGUCUCAAUCUAUAUGAAAAAUAAAAAAUAAUACUCUACAGCCAAGGACCGUUUUUAGAUCGCCUGGGCUAGCAACUUUUCCUCCAAUUCAUGGAAUGGUUUGAAACCAAAAGUUACCAACCAACUCCUCGAGUUGACAAGUGAGUAUAGACAUAACAUUUGCCAACUUGUGGAAUUGGUUUGGCAACUUCUGGUUCCAAAUCACAUACACAAGCUACUGGUCGAGAAUGGGCUAAAAGCCGUCUUGGGCUAUAACUCUUCAUUGUGAGCCUGAGCCAGGACAAUUUGUAUUAGGAAAUUUGCCUGAAGAUGAACUAAUAGGAAAUAUCAGAUAUCAGACAAAAUAUCAGCCUUAUAGAGGUCCUUUAGAUCUUGGCUCUGUUGAAUAUGGAUUUGUUAAAUGUGGAAUUUCUAAUAAACAAGCAUUUUUAUUCAACAAAUUUUCCGAAAAAGUUUCACAAAAUUCCCAAGAAAAACGUCGCCAAAUAAUGGAUAAAUUAAAUAUAACGGACUCAAAGCCUCAGACUGUCUUGAUAAUUCUAAUAGAUUCAGUUUCAAGGAAUCAUUUUUACAAUACGUUAACAGAUACUGUGGACUUCCUUAAUAAAACAAUAGUUAAUGGAAAAUAUUCAAAAAAUUAUGCUAUUUAUGAUUUUUUAAUAAAUGGUGCAUAUAGAUAAAAUGGAGUAUACUUCCGACCAUCUUCUCAUGUGAUGGCUACCCAUGUAUAUCUGGCAUGAUUUUUAAAGCUAUAAGUUGACCCAGAAGCAACACCCAAGCAAGUGGACACCGAAAUGGAGCAGGGUGACUUAUUGCUCAAGUUUCUACUAUGGGUUUUCCGAAUCGCUGAAGCGGCUGAGUAUUUCAAGGGAUAACAUGAAAAAAGGAGAGGCAAUUAGACAUCACUAGCAAGGCAGUAUUCCAGUUAAGAGCCUUUGGGCGUUCUGGCUGGGUAUAAUGGGCAGGGUGGAGUAAUUAGACUGACAAGGGACCAAGCUGAAAAUUGUGGUGCCCCAACAAAGGAUGUCGAACCUAAAAAGGGCAACCAAUACUCUGAAAGCAGGGAUUCAGCCUGAAUUUGGAGUUACUAGGUGGACCCAUCUAAUUCACUUGUGCCCCCAGACAGCUUUAAGCCGCCUAAAUGCCAUUUCUUAGAAGCAGAAAACCUUUAAUAUAUAGCAUUAAUCUAAUCUAAUCUUACUUAAUGGUGCUCAUGGGGAAAAUACACUACCUAAUUUAAUUCCUAUGAUGUUUGGCUAUAACUAUACUACACAUAAACAGAAAACUAAAAAUCUAUCAUUAAAAAAAUUUGAAGACAAAGAAAAAUAUAUAGCACUUCAAAAUGAAAUUUUAUGAAAGUUUUAUAAAGACUUAGGAUAUGUUACUUUAUUUGAAUGGGAAACUAAAUGAGAUUUUUUAGCAGAUGCUGUAGGAAGAAAAAUAUUAUGUGAUCAUGUAGCCACGAGCUUUUGGCGAGGAGCUGCUGAAAUAAACGGGUUUUCUGAUUUUAUUGAUAAACAAAGAUGCAUUGGGAUUAAUCAUUCUCACCAAUAUAUGUUUGACUAUGCUAAACAAUUUUUAGAAAAUUAUAAAAGCCACAAUAAAUUCGGGUACUUGCACACAGUGGCAGGACAUGAAAUAACUGGAUCAGUAAUAAAAAGUAUGGACACAGAUUUAUGGGCAUUUUUAGAUUGAAUUUUAAAUUUUCACAACGAAAAUAAUGAGGACUUGGCAAUUCUUUUAGCCUCUGAUCAUGGGCUACAUAUGGGCCCAUGGGAUCGUUACGAAGAAGGAAAAAUUGAAAAUUUAACUCCUUUCACUUUUCUAAUAACAAAUAAAGAUUUAUUAACCUCCCUCUGUGAGCGAACAAAGCCAUUGGAAAAUCCCUAUUUUGCUCAAAAACCAUCCUCCGUGAGCAAAAAAAAAAUUUAGAUAUAUAAGUGAUAAUAGUAUAUAUUAAAUUCUCUAGCUAAUCCUGUUUAAUUUUAAACAUCUUGCAUGCUAAAACAUAAAUUUUACAAAUUAAAUUAAUAUUUGUUUUCCAGUUUUUGCGAAUUGUGAUUUUUUUUAAAUUUCAAAAAAAAUUAUUAUAAAAUUUAUAUAAUUUUUAAAAAAAAAAUAUCCCUCCAUGAGUAAUAUUUUUUAUUGGGGAAGUAAGAAAAAUCGGUAAAAACUCCCAUGAGAAUUUAAUGCAUAACACGAAAAGAAUGAUGACAAAGUUUGAUAUAAAUCUUACUUUAAAGAAUCUUGGAUUAGCAACAUAUGGGAAAAUCGCUGAAAAUUCUGAUAUAUACAAAAACUGGAAGAAAAGAACUGGGGUAAAAGAUGCAGUUUCUUUAUUUCUUGAGAAAAUUAGCGAUAAUCGAAACUGCGAAGAUGUAGGAAUUCCUGCAUAUUGAUGCAAAUGCUCAAAGUUCAAAGCCAUUGAAAUUGACAAAAUUAGUGGCUUAGCUGAACACAUUGCUAAUGAAGGAAUAAAAACAGUCAAUAGGAAGGUAUGAAAAGAUAAAUCACAUGAAUAUUGCUCCCAGAUAACUCUAGGGGAUAUUUUAAGUAUAGAACAAGAAAUUGUUUCUCAUAAUGAAAUAUUCAAUAGAACUUACAAAGUAAAGAUUUCAAUAAAUGAGAGUUCGGAUUUUAUAUUUAGCAUCCAAGCGUAUGUAGCACCAGUAUUCCUCUCAGAAUUAACCAUAAAAGAAGAACUAGAAAAUGAACUUUACCCCUUAUCUGAUUUUUCUUAUGGAAAUUUAAUUUUAUCAGUUCAAAUACACAAAAUCGUCAGAGAUGACCAAAAUUGGGACUUUUGCAUAGAAUUGGCAGAGCUUCUAACUGCAAAACACUCUUAUUGUGUCUGUAAAAGCCCUAAGACUUAUGAUCUUGAAAAUAUUCCAUCUAUGAAAAGAAAAUUUUAUUAUGAAAAAUUUAAAAAAAAGUUAUCAAUUAUUGUUGAAUUAAAAUAUAUAUAAAAUGGCGAUAACUUUCGAGCCGUCCUCUCGUGUGACUGUUGCCCAUGCAUACCCGAGCAUGGUUUUUGGAGUUGAGGAGUUAGCCCAGCAAUAUCAGUGAGGGUCUUAGGCACAAAACUGCAGUUUGUGGCUUGAUCUGACUGGCAGCCCUCUCAACUUCUUUUGCAAGCAGUAUCCAAGCAAUUGGACGCCCGAAAUGGAGCAGGGUGAAUUACCUACUCAAGCCGCUACUGUGGUUUGCCCCAAAUUGCGAAGCGGUGGACUAUUUUUUAGGGAUGACCUAAAAAAAGGAGGAAACUAAACACGCAUCUAUUAGCUGUUUACUCAGGUUAAGGGUCACUUGAGUGGGACGACUUGGCUAGGAGUAGGAGAUAGAAGUUGGCGUAAUAAGGUUGAUGAAGGGACUGAGUUUGAAAUGAUGGCGUUCGGCUAAAAUCUGCGGACCUAAUAGGGCAACCACUACGAGAAACCAGGGAUUUUAUCCAGUGCUCAGAUGUUCCAUAGGAGGAAGUCACCCAAUUCGCUUAGACCACCACACAGCUCUAGUGGAGGGUGCAGAAUGUCGCUUGUGGUAAUGGGGACUUUAAAUAUUUAGCAUUAACAUAAUAUAACCCAAAAUUGUUGAAAUUGCAUAUAAAUAAAUGGUUUCGAGACUGACUCACCCCAGUGGUGAGUCCCUUAUGCAUAUCCGGAAGGUUUUUUUGCUGCGAAGAGCUUCCUAAGGGUUGGAUUAGUCCUAAUAGGAGAGACACCACACUAUUUUUGCUGAUUAGCCCUGACUCGAGUGACAGUUCUUCACAUCUUUUCUGAUCCAGGCUGGAUGUCUGAAAGAGCUAAUGAAAUUUUCUUUUGGUUUAAACAAAGAAAAUGAAGGUAAGUUCGACAAGAGUUCUCAAGGACGCAAGCCUCUCAACUAAAAGCGUCCUACAUAAAGGACGAUCUGACUUAAUCUAAGCAUUAGGAAAGCUCCCGGAAAAUUCUGAUGCACUGGAUUAAAAAGGAAUCCUUAACUAAGAAAUUGAGGCUUCAGCCUGACAGGAAUUAGGAACUAUUAAUAUAAAACGUUAAUUUAAUCAAAUCUUAUUGUUGGAAUUGCAAAUUCUACAUGCGAGGAAACAUGCAAAAAAGAAGGAAAGCUGUGCGAAAACUGAGGGUUACAAGUAUAGUGUUUGCCUUUAUAAAUUUUUAAGGGGCAAUAGCCUUUCAAAAAACAACUUUUUUGAAAGCUCUAACUACCCCCCCUCCGUGAGCGAACAAAAACUAUUAAGAAAAAUCCCUAUUGUUUGCCAAAAAUUCACCCUCCGUGAGUGAACAAAAAGUAUUUUUAUGAAAAAAUAGUUUCAUAUAGAAUGAAAAUUAGUAUAAUAAAAUUUCUAGCUAGUUUUGUUUAAUUUUAAACAGCUUCAUCUUAAAAUAUAAAUUUUACAAUUAAAUUAAAUUAAAAUAAAAUAAAUUAAUUUUCACUUUCCAAUUUUGGUGAAUAGAAAUUUUUUAAAUUUCGAAAAAAAUAUUUACUACAAAAUUUAUAUAUAAAAAUAAUUAAUCCAUCUCCAUGAUUGAAUUAAAUUUUUUUGUUCGCUCAAAGCGGGGGGAGUCAGCGAAUCUAAAAAGUCAAAGUUAAAUUGAAAAUUUCUCUUAUUAUCAAAUUUUAAUUCGGGCAUUUCAGAAUUUUUUAAAAGGCCAAAAGAAUCUUCUAUUUAAUUGCGCUUGUCCUCAGAAAUCAAUAAUUAGGCAGAUGCUAUAGUAAAUAGGCUUGAAAUGCUGACUGAGCCUUGAAAAGAGAGACAAAGUUAUACUAUGUAUAUGGAUAACCAAGGAAGAAGCUUUAAAGAACUUAGAAUAAAUGAAAUUGAAGAAGGGGAAUUUGCGGGAAUUUAUUUUAAAAACCAAACAUAUAAAUUUGUGCAAGGAAAUUGGGAAGAUUUAAGCUGCAAUAAAAGAAAUGAUGAAGUGAGACCAAUUUGCCCAUGCUCUAUAUAUUAA